UAUGACCGUACUUUUAAUUACUUGCUUGCUUUGGAAUUGGAAGGGGGCUGCCCUCUUUCUUACAUCUGUGGAUACGUUGGUAGACUGCAUCGAGAUGGCCCUUUCCCUCAUGGAAAAGAAUCGAAGGCGGUGCCGGCCCUUCGCAACUUCCCGAUCUAA